CUAAUUAACCACAACUCAUCAUCACCAUUGAUCUAAAAACCCAACAUGGGUUUGCCAAUGAUCUCAUCUAUCAUUGCUGUUAUCCUCGUAGUGGCAGCCACAUCCUCAGUAUGUAACGCACAAAACUCACCCCAAGACUACCUGAACGCUCACAACAAAGCGCGUUCGGAAGUCGGUGUGGGGCCUAUGAGAUGGGACGCAACCGUUGCCUCGUAUGCGCAAAACUACGUGAACAAACUGAAGGGAAACUGCAAGAUGGUGCAUUCAGGGGGUCCUUACGGUGAGAACCUUGCAUGGAGCAGUGGUGACAUGACAGGCGUAGGUGCUGUGAACCUUUGGGUGGGAGAGAAGCCAAAGUACGACUACAACUCCAACCAGUGCGUUGGUGGGGAGUGCAGGCACUACACUCAAGUGGUUUGGCGCAACUCUGUGCGUCUAGGGUGUGCCAAGGUGCGUUGCAACGAUGGUCGCAGCACCAUCAUAAGCUGCAAUUAUGAUCCACCGGGGAACUAUGUUAAUCAGAGGCCUUAUGAUAUUGAUCCUUUCCAAAUACCAUUGAGCUUCAAUCAUGCUGCGGAUGAUAAUUAACUAAGACAUGUUCACCAUGCUUGCAUACGUACCCAACUUUGUUGGAAUUAAAUAAAUGUAUCAGUGCCAGUUCUGCAUUAAUAUGCCUGCGCAGAGUCGCAUAUGCUGCCAUGCCAGCAUCAGCUGUGUCGAUCGAUUAUAUGCUCAAAAAUGUGUUUUCUUUUUUAAGUUAAUGCUGACCGAAAUAGUGAAAUUGAUUAUUCAAAGCGGAUAAUAUUUCAACUA